UUCUCUUUUGUCAUCAUCUACAAAUGAAUCGUCUUUUUCUUGCAAGUUUUAGAAGAGUAUCAAUCAGGUACACACAUCUUUUAAUUUCUUAGCUACAUUCAAUACAGUGUACUCUCUGAUUUUCCUUUACGCUGCCCACCGUGCAACCUCGCCUUGAGUAAGCUGUGCUUCAGCGCCACGAUCUAAUCCAAUUGAGCACCAUUCAGAUCUGCCAGCUUCUCCACAGCAAGGAAAAUGUCUUCCCACCCCCAAGACGAAGUCCAACACCAUUCCCUCAACGAUCCCGAAUCAUUCUGGGCAGAGCAAGCUUCCCACCUCCACUGGCACAAGAAACCCAGCUCCACCCUCAGCAUAACCUCGAAGUCACUGAAGUCAGGCAUUGACCAUGAUCACUGGGAGUGGUUUCCAGACGGCGAGAUAUCAACAUGCUACAAUUGCGUGGAUAGACAUGUCGAGGCGGGGCAUGGGGAUCAUACGGCGAUUAUCUGGGACAGUCCGGUGACGAAGACGAAGCAGAAAUUCUCGUAUAAGCAGUUGCAGAAGGAAGUUGAGACUUUUGCUGGGGUAUUGAGGGAGGAGGGUGUUAAGAAAGGAGAUGUUGUUUUGAUUUAUAUGCCCAUGAUUCCAGCAGCACUUAUUGGAACUCUCGCAGUCUCCCGACUUGGUGCGAUCCACGCUGUCGUAUUUGGUGGAUUUGCCCCAGCUUCAUUGGCACAACGAAUUGAUGCUUCCAAACCAGUCGCCAUUCUUACAGCUUCCUGUGGAAUUGAUGGCGCGAAACCACCCACGUCCUAUAAGCCAUUUAUUACAGAAGCUAUUUCUCUCUCAUCUCACAAGCCAGAAAAGACCAUCAUUUGGCAACGAGAUCAGCUCCGUUGGGACAAUCUUGACAAGCCAAAUGGGGAGAGAAACUGGCAGCGAUUGGUAAAAAGCGCCGGGAGCAGAGGUGUCAAAGCAGACUGCGUUCCAGUCAAGUCCAGUGACGGUAUUUACAUCAUCUACACUUCCGGCACUACCGGUCUUCCCAAAGGAGUUUUACGAGAAGCCGGUGGCCACGCAGUAGGACUUCACUUAUCAAUAAGCUACCUCUUCGGCAUCCACGGACCUGGAGAUGUCAUGUUCUGCGCCUCAGAUAUCGGCUGGGUAGUGGGCCAUUCAUACAUCCUCUACGCACCACUCCUCACUGGAGCAUCAACCGUACUCUUCGAAGGAAAGCCAGUCGGUACACCAGACUCGGGCACUUUCUGGCGUAUUAUCGAAGAGUAUAAAGUCAACACGUUAUUUACAGCUCCAACAGCGCUGCGCGCAAUCCGAAGAGAUGAUCCGGAAAACAAGAUGUUCAAGACGGUCGGCGAGAGACGAGGGCUCAAGACCCUGAAGGCACUUUUCUUGGCUGGUGAAAGAUCAGAACCAAGUAUCAUCACCAUGUACCAGGAGCUCUUGAAGAAAUACGGCGCACCAGGACAUGUUAUCGACAACUGGUGGUCUUCAGAAUCCGGAUCACCAAUCUCUGGAGUAGCACUCGUUCCCCACGCGGGCAAAGAUCGCAAGACCACAAUCCGAGAUCAUGAACCGCUUGGCAUCAAACCCGGCAGUGCAGGGAAAGCUAUGCCCGGAUUCGACGUCCGAAUCGUUGAUGAUUCAGGCAAAGAAGUCGAAAAGGGAAAGAUGGGAAACAUCGUCCUGGGCAUGCCUCUAGCGCCCACGGGCUUCCGAACCCUCUGGCAGGACGAAGAGAGAUUUUAUAAGGGGUAUUUGAAGAGGUUUGAGGGGAAGUGGAUUGAUACUGGGGAUGCAGGGAUGAUUGAUGAGGAUGGCUAUAUACAUGUUAUGUCGAGGUCGGACGAUAUUAUUAACGUUGCUGCUCAUCGAUUUAGCACUGGGUCCAUCGAACAAGCUAUCUCCUCCCACCCCACCAUCGCCGAAUGCUGCGUCGUUGGCGUCCCAGACGCACUCAAAGGCCACCUCCCAUUCGCCUUCGUAACUCUCUCCACAGCCGACCACCCCACCUCCGCCAUCCCUUCCGACCAACUCUUCGCCGAAGUGCAAAAGCUUGUCCGCACGCAAAUCGGCGCCAUUGCCUCUCUCGGCGGCAUGAUCCAAGGCAAAGGCAUGAUCCCAAAGACUCGCUCUGGCAAGACGUUGAGGAGGGUGUUGAGAGAGCUGGUGGAGAAUGCAGUGCACGGAGACUUUGAUAAGGAGGUGCAGGUUCCCGCAACCGUGGAGGAUGCGGCUGUUGUGGAGGUGGCGAGGGAGAAGAUUGCGGAGUAUUUUAGGGAGAAGGGGGGUGAGCUGCAUAAAGCUACAGAGGCGAGGGCGAAACUGUAGAGGUGUGACCAUUUUCUGGUAAUGAAAAGCGAGGAUUCAAUCUUGUCCUCUCAUUGAGUGGCUUUGGUGGUAGCCUUUGUAUAAAAAACGGCUUGCUUGCUCUUAAUAUCGAACAUAUGAAAUUUCGAGAAGCACUCCUAGUUGCAAGGUCUAAACUGGCUCCAGAGGCGUUGAUUCACCCUGUAACG